GAGGUUAUCAGGCGCCCGCCGUCUUCCUCAAAACCUCGUCUGGUGUUGUCCCAUUGUUCAUCUUACCACGCCAUCAAAAUCAUGUGGCAAAUCCUUGUCCUGGCCCUUCUCAUCCUCCCACGAGCCGCGCAACAAACAGCAUUGCCUCCCCGUCAGUCUGCCGAGGCCGCCGACGAGGUCCGCAAUGCAAACCAUGUGUUCAACGCCAUCCACUCCUCUAUGCGGCAAUGGGGCUCAUCCUUCCAUCAUAAUGGCAUGUCGCUUUUCCCAGCCCUGAUCCCAGCUGGAACGCAGUUCUAUCAUGGCAACCCAAACAAAGAGCCCGUCCAAGGCCUAGAAUGGCUAGCAUUUGAGCCCGAACAUGCUAUCAAUUUUGCAAGAAAGUUCCACAGGCCACCAAAAGGUGUGCCGCCACCGAGGGGCAAGGAGGUGGAGUAUGCCACUGGGCCUCAUUUUCGCAACGCAAAGCACGACACGAGCUUCUCGGCUCCGAAAGGAGAACAGGCCUCUCUAAAUCCCCCGCCCAAAAGUCAUGAUCGCGGGCCCGAUAGGCCUCCCGUCGACCCAGGCUGGCUACACACUUACCGAACCAAAGAGAUAACUCCGCUGCUUUACAUCGACGGCACCUCAGCUGGUAAAUGCGACAAGGGCACCCUGGAUUCACAAGACAUUCUGCUGCUGAAUGCAACCUCCGAGGACGGUGGUAUGGCAUGGGAGAGACAACGAGCAGAUGGCCUCUGCAAACUGGCCAAUGAGCGUUGGCAUGGCAAGAUCAAGGGUUUCAUUCGCAUGGAGGCCGGUUUCGAGAUUAUUAUGUGCUCCUUCUCUGACUCGUUGGAUUUUGUGCAAUCGGUCAGGGCCGGCCCAUUUUCUCCAGACGAGGCGGUAUCAGAUACCAACGAGAAAGGCUUCGGUUGGGAAGUGUGGAAAUGGAUCAAAUUCGUCGCGGCUCGCUAUGACGGCAUUGGCGGUGGCAGAGUGAAGCUAGACUACGAUCACUUUGUGUCUGCAUAUACCUAUGACCUCGACCUGUUCCAAGGCGAAACCGACCUGCCUAGGCUGGAAAACCUUUCCGCCUCAGCCCUGGAAAAAGUCCGGGAAGACGUAGACAGAAUGGUUGAGUCCUUUGAUCCAGUCAGUACCUUGGACGACAAGAGCUCUGUCAACUGGCAGGGCAUUGCAGAUAUGGUCGUUGAGCGGUAUGCUGGGCUGCUGAAGUACCUGGUGGGAGGCACUUUGACAAGUGCUGAAGACCUUUUUGAGGAGCUGGAGCUGAAUCUACGCGUCUUUGUCGACUCAGACGCACGAAACACAACGGCCGAGGUGAAUCGCUGUGUGGCCCAGUUCAAUCCGGUCGGGGGCUACACCACGAACUCAAUUGCCGGCCGCUCGAUUCGGAGUGUAACGAAAAAAAUCUGCGAGACUCUGUUCGCGGCGUUCAACGCGAACGUCACGCUAUCGCAGUCAAUGGAGAACCUGCGGUCGCUCAUCGAGUACUUGGAUUGGUCAGUCUGGAAAAGGUGUCCUCAAUGUGCAUUCAACGAGGUCUGUUUCAUACCAAUGUGGCCAUUCGGCAACGUGGAAGAUCGGGAGCACCCACGCUGUAGGAAUUCCAGCGAGCUGAACGGAAGGAUGGGUUACUGGGGCAAUCCCCGUUUCCACGAGAAGGACGUCGGGUUUUGAGAAGUUCCAAUGUGCUUCGGAUGGGUUCGAAAUUUACCGUGUUGGAUCUGUACAAUGUAGCAUCAUCUCGUUCAAGCGCACAACUGGAAAGGCGACAGGUUUGAUGACAUAGAUCUGGAACAAACUCGUUCGAUAGUUCAAGGACUAUCCCUGGAUAGAGAUAUUGUACCUAUGGACAUCAUUGUAUG